GCUCCACUCCAUUCCAAAUUGCCUUCAUGCCUUCGCCUCCUUCACUACACGGCUCCCGAUGUAUCAACCCUCAGGAUCGAUCCUUCCGGUCAUGACAACCGCCGAGACCACGAAACUAGUAAGGCCUGAAAAGCCCUCGCGUUUGCAAACACUCGAUUACACAACAUUAGCUCUGGUGGCCUGUGAGCUAAGAGAGCGGCUUUUGCCUGGACGAGUCGAGAAUGUUAUUCAGCAGGACGAUUUCAGCCUGUUGCUUCAAAUGCGCUGUGUCGAUGAUUUUACCUGGAUGCUAAUUUGCUGGCAACCAGAAGCCGCACGCGUUUGUUUGCAGAGGAAUGGACCAAACGACAGUAAUAGAAAUAGCCGCGGGGACGGUCAAAGCAAACGAAGGGGAGGAGGCAAUGGAGUGUCGUCCACAUUGUACAGCCUACCGGGCCAAUUGAAGGGUUUUCUUCAGCUGAAGACGCUAAUAAACGUGACGCUUCCUAUACCCGGGGAACGCAUUAUGGUGUUUGAGUUUGCGGACCGUCUGACUGUUUCGGUUCCUACACACAAGCUUGUUAUAGAGGUCAUGGGACGACGAAGCAACGUUAUGCUUGUGGAUGGAGACACCGACAUUGUCCUCGCUUGUGGCUACCAAGUAUCACCAUUAAAAUCUGUCCGUCCUGUUUCUAUCGGCCAGCGAUACACUUAUCCCCCACCAUUGACCGCUCCGCUGCCUCCGCCAUUGCCCGAAGAUCAGGCAGACAUGGAGGCAUACGAAAGCGAAUUUAUUCGGCGGAUAACCCUUGUCCCAUCCCAUUCUUUGCCCAAGGCCCUUAUUUCUGCUUAUCGAGGAUUCAGCCCACAGCUUGUUGAUGUGAUGGGGUCCACAGUAGGCAUUCGAAACGCAAGCACAACGCCUGUGGGAAAUCUAUCCCGUGAUGUGCUUGUACGCUUCUUCCGCGGCCCUGUUGUCAUGUGGGUGCGACUCAUUGUCAUGCGAGACCCCAGGGUAGUAGCAACGUCCGAAUGUGGGCUCAGUUUGGACGGAAAGCGCUAUACACCACUAUUAUUCCAUCCUGGAAACGGGUGGCAGCCUGUGCCAUCCGUGCUAAAGCUAGUGGAGGUUUAUUAUACGGCUUUUCUAAAGCGACAGGAGCUGAGAGAUCUGCAACGGAGGGGACUCAACAGAGUCCAAGCCGUGCAGCACCGUUUACAGCGAACGCGACAGGAAUUUCAGCGACAGCUCGAUGCUGCAGCGGAAGAAGAAGUCAGCAAAUUGCAGACUAAAGCGGAGCUGCUGACGACUUACGCCUACAGCUGGAAACAAGGGGAUACCGAGUGUGUAUGCCCAGACCUGGACACGGGGGAAGAGAUUUGCAUCCCACUGAAACCGGGAAAAUCUGCGGCAGAUGAAGCACAGGCUACUUACGGUCGUAUUCGUAAAUUAAAGCGAAGUGUGGAUGCCAUAAUGCCUUUACUGCAGAAAAUCGACGUCAAGGUGGCGUAUGUGGACGAGCUUGAGUCUAGCAUCCAGCAACUUGGAACCUCGGCUCGCUCAGAUGAAGACACACCUAAUGUUCUAAACACUCGAACGCUUAGUCAAGAUCUUGCAAUCAUGCGGGAAAUAGCUGAAGAGCUGGGCAUAAAUUGUCUUGAUGGUAGAGGUGGAAGCUCCACCACUUUUUUUUCAACAAUACUGAAUCGGCUUUCUGUUCCCGGAACCGAGCAGAGUAGCCUGAGCAAUUAUCAAAAUAGCAAAAAUAACAAGAGGAAAAAAAAGGACAAGCCUGUCAGGGAUAAAAACAAAAAAAUUCAAGGCAAAAGCACAGAUGGUGCUAAGAAGUGUGCACAGAGUAUGGCGAUCCAAUCAUUUCGCCCUCCUUCUGUGCAUAGUACUUCAAAUGUUGUAGUGUACGUCGGUCGCAAUAGUAAGCAGAACGAUUACGUGACUUUUCAACUUGCACGAGAUCAUGAACUCUGGUUUCAUGCUCAAGGAGUCCCUGGUGCCCACUGUUUAAUGCGUAUUGAUCCAGGCGUCGAAAUAAGUGACGCAGAUAUGCAAUUUGCAGCUGAUUUAGCAGCUUAUUUUAGCAAAGCGCGUGGAUCAGGCCAAGUGCCUGUUAUAUGGACAUCACCAAAAUACCUCAAACGUGUAGUUGGUGGUGGACCAGGCAUGGUUCAUGUAAGCAAGGAGAAGGUCUUGUGGGGGAGACCUUCGCGAGGCGAGAAAAUUGUCCUUGAAAAUGAUGAGGACAAUAAUACUAUGAUAUGAAGAAAGCACCAUGUCAAUUUAGAAA